AUGGAAUUCUUCGCCAAACACGGCGCGCUCGCGCCCGAGCGCGAGCUCGGUCAAAAGUUCACCGUCAACGUCGAGCUCGCGCUGUGCCUGCGCCGCGCCGGCGCGUCGGACGCCUUAGAAGACACCGUAGAUUACGCCCGCGCCUGGGCGCUCGUGCGCGACGUCGUGCAGCGCGGACCGACGCGCGUGACGAUCGAAGCCGUCGCCGAGGACGUGAGUCGAACGUUACUAGAAACCUUCGCGGACGUCCGCGCGUGCGUCGUGAGCGUCGACAAGCGCGAGGUGGCGAUCGAGGGGCAUCUCGGGUCGCUCGGCGUGCGCGUCGCCCGCGCGCGCGACGCGUGA